CCAUUCUCUCCACGUGCCGCCACCUCGAUGGACACGACCACCACCGCCACAGCAGAUGCCACCAUGGUGCCGCGACAGAAGGGCAAGAGCAGGGGCGGCAGCAAGCAGGACAAGGCACACGAGAAGCGGCUCAAGGAGGUGCUCAAGGAGAUCCGCGACGCCAACAGACCAAACGAGCCGAACGCCAUCGGUACAUGUUGGACGACGCCAUCCACACACACACACAGAUGGAUGGAUGGAUGGCAGAUUUGCAGGGCAUCUACAGUGAGCCUGUGGAGGUGGUGUAUGGCGACGAGGAGAUGGAGCACAUCCACCGGCAGAUGAAGCGCGAGAUCGUGUACCCCUACAGCUCACUCAUACUCUGCAACGCCGAGCAGUACGCCACCGGCGCGGGUCCGUCAGCCAUCCACACACACAUACACAAUGAAGGGGAUGGUCACAGUGUUGCCCUGUCCACGGUGGGUGAGGUGUGUUGAUGUGUUCUGGUGGGUGUGGUGUGUUGAUGUGUGCAUGUGGUUCGGUUCAUUGGUGCCGAUGUACAGGUUUGAAGGACUUUGAGAAGGUGCGGGGCGCUAAGGGCGAUGACGACACACGCUGCAUGGCAAUCGCCGUCAAGGCAUCACACGCGGUGCACAUACACACACACCAUCUCUCUCUCUCUCUCUCUCUCUCCAUCGGUGGCGCAAACACACACACGGACUCUUCUCCCUCUGUGUGGGCUGAGUGAGCAGUCUGUGGGCAUCAGUCGCGGCGACAUCGAGCAGCAGCUGCACGCCUUCAAAAGUGGCAAAUUGUGCGGCAAGGAGCUCCCCAACGGAGACACUAAGUCAGUGAGCGAGCGACUGAGCCGGGGAAAAACCUGUGAUGUGAUGCGAUCGAUGUGUGUAUGUGUGUGUGUGUGUUGUGUUUAGGUAUUUGGUGAGCGCUGCGCGUGAGGCGUGCGGGCGGUACCGACUCACUUACACGAGGACAGCUACUGACUGAAUGACAGGACGGACCAAUGACACCACAGACUCGGGUGUGGUGUGCAGUGCACACGAUGUUUUCAAUCGAACGUAGUCAUGAGCUGCGCACCGAUGUGCCUGUCUGUCUGCUCGUCUGUCGAUGUGUGUGCAGCGCUACUCGUGACCUGACCGUGUCGGUCAUCGAUCUCACCCCAUGAUCGCAUCGCAUCAAGAACGUGUGCGCCCCCACUUCUGUAUAGAACCCCCCUCUCCCUCUCCCUCUCCCUCCUUCGUGUGGUCGCGUGUGAGUGGGUGUGGGUGUGGGAGUGCGCAUGACGGACGACACAGACACAGCAAGAGAAAUCAGUGCGUGAAGAGGCAGAACAGCACAGCACAGCAGCACCCGAGUCCCUCCCUACAGCGGUGUGCACUGCAUGAGUAUGCUCGUUGUGUGUGAGUGAAUUGUAUAGUCGCCAUGGCAUGGAGGGAUGGACAUGGCCGUGCGAUUCGAAGACCGAUCGGUCAGUCCAGUCAAG